UACACUUCCAAGAUGCCGAACGCGGAGCGCGGGGACCUUAAUCCAGGCACUCGUCCUUGCUCUCCCCUCAUCACCUUUUGCUACUUUUUUCUCUUCACUUCACUGUCGACCUCCUCUCCGUGAAGACUUUUUACUUUCCCUCCUUUACCCGUUCACUCUCUUUCUAUUCCUUCCUACUCCGCCGUCGAUUCUGAUCUCUCGAAUUCAGUCUGGUCACCAAAUCUGUAAGAAGCCGAUCUGACUUUUUCUCAACGCGCCACUGGACGUGCCUAUGAGUUGAUCACAAGAUCAUUAACAACCACUUGAACUGAACUGUUCUUUAUGUUGGAACCCAGCUUUGAAGACGUCUGCUGAGGAUGCACAAGACAACUCGGCAGAUCUGGACCACUUCGGCCACUCCUUCGUGGUGUCUCUUUUGCGACUUUCGGCUUUCAUUUUUGCAGAUUAACACCAACAGAACAUAUCCAGCAAGGAUCAAUGGGGCCAGGACUCAGCAUACGAGGAGCAAAAGCGCCACCGCGAGCCAUGUUAUCACAGCAACACGGAUACAACAGCAGCGUCAUCUAGAUCAGCAACGAAGGCUGGCAUCAUGUCUCCGGAUCUUUAGAAUCAACACGCACCAGCAGCCGCUUCCGCAACCUCGCGUACUUCGGCCGUAUAGAUCAGCUUCAUGUACAUAUACCACAGGCGCAACACCUACGCGGUCAAGGAGUACCCUGUCCUUGUACGAUGUGGAACUCUUAAGCUCUUCAAUGAUGGAGCUUAAGAUAUUUGUCAGGCCAAGGCUAUCACCCAAGGGUCCGCGUUUCCUCUCGACGUUAACUUCGCCCUCAAUUGCAUCUGAUCUGGAAACUGAUCUAUCAUCAUCCUCACUCGCGCCAGCGGACUCAGUAUCAUCAUCAACAUCUUCAGCAACCAAAUUACCGUCAACAGUACAACCAUCAACAAUUCUGGACAUUGCAAGCGCCAUCAAGGAGUCAUCCGCCAAGUCCGAUUUUCAGUCUUUAUUUCCAGAGAUUCCUGCGUCGUUUGCAGAUGUCUCCUCUCAGAAUUCGCCCGCAGUCGCCAGACCGGACAUGCCUUACAGGAACAGCUCUAUGAGGAAAGGAUCGGAACUUGAGGAAUCUCUCAGGAGAUCAGUUUACCAGCGAGAUCCGAUCAGCACUUGGUGGCCCCUGUACGAAAAAGUCGCCAGUCAAUGGCGCUACAGACCUAGACCCCUUUUAUCGGCAGUGCACGACACUGUCUUGACUCGAACGGAUUUUACAAGAUUCAUCGGUGCACUCAAGGUCUCGUCCCCUUCAUCUCGCGUAUCGGACCAACUGACAAAACUGGAGCGGAUCUUUGAGGACUUUCAUAUGGUGAUUAUGACUCCGAAAUCGAACGUGAAGGUUUACAGUGCGUUUUUGGAUACUCUUCAUUUCUGGAAGUUGGACGAUCUGAUUCCGGGCUGGAUCCAGCGGAUCAAAUCCAAGGCGAUGCUUCCGCAGACACUAAGCUCAACUGAUCUGUCAUUGGCUCCACAAAGUUUUCAGGAACAGUACCAUGAUUUGAUGCGAGUACUGGCGAACACGGACCAGGCCGAGGCUCUACUUAGCUGUCUUGAGGACCUCAAGGCGGGCCAUUUAGAUCAAUUGCAACCCACAACGGAAGCCUACGACAUGCUAUUGGAGGUAUACAUGAAGCACAAGGACACCACGGCGGCUAUGCGAAUCUUUCAAGAGAUGCAAGAACUGGGGCUUUCACCGCAAUUGACGACAUUCAACAUCUUGCUUCGAGGGCAUCUCAGCAACAAGGACGCUCAGGCUGCACAGCGCGUACUGGAGAUGUUGCUACUCACGGAUAUUCGACCUGAUAUUUACACGUUCAACACUCUUAUGUCCGGCUAUCUGAACAUGGGAGAGAUUGAGGUCGUCAAUGGAUUCUACAAAGGUCUAGGCGAAUAUGGACUGGUACCCAACGCAAAAACCUAUCGCAUUUUGAUGAAAGCACAUCUUCGGCAGGGCCAUGUUGAUCGGACCAUAGACCUGUUCAGCAGGAUGAAAGAGAGCUCUAGGAUAGAGUUGCAGCCCGGACCUGAGGAAUAUCACAUUCUAGUCCAAGCAUUGGCUAGCCAUGGCAGAAUGCCAGAUGCGCUCAAGGUGUUACGGGAGAUAACCGAAUCAGUCAAGAUGCCUGUGACAACUCCAAUCUACAACGUGUUCGUGAACCAGUAUGCGCGUGAAGGUCAGGUUGAGAAGGCUCGCAGGAUCUUGGACAGGAUUAUUUCUGAGAAACUGCCGCUAGUCGAUGGGAGCAUCAAUCCAUUAAUCCGAGCAUAUCUGGCAAGGAGUGACUUUGACAAGGUCGAAGAGAUGAUACAGCUCAUGAAACGAUACGGAAUUCAUCCAACCAGGGCAACCUUCAACAUCAUGAUCAAUUCGACAAAGGGCUCGGGGAAUCUAAGCGGGGCGAUGAAAAUGUACGAGAGGAUGGUGGCCGAUGGUGUGAAGCCAGAUGUGUGGACAUUCAACUCUCUGCUGGAUAUUCUUGUCGGGAAGCUCACGUUUUCGCAAGACAAUAACAAGCGCAGGAGAGACUCGACUGUGAUGAUUGACCAACAGAUCAAGAAAUAUUUACCACAGAUCGAGGCGCUGCUGCAGGAUAUGAAGAUCGCAGGGAUCAAGCCUGACAUCGUUACGUAUAGCAACUUGAUCCGCCAGUACGUUGCUCUGCAAGACAUUGAGCAGGCCGAGAUGUUGUUCCACGAAAUGCUCAAGUCCGGAAUCUCACCCAAUGGAUACGUCUUCAACACACUCAUGAACGGCUUUACGCUGAUCGAGCAGAUGGACAAGGCCCUAGAGCUGUUCCGGAGGAUGCCGAAGUACGGGGUGGAGCCUGAUGUGGUGACGUUCACGACUCUGAUCAAGGGAUACGCCAACACAAAGCAAAUGACGCUUGCGCAGGAUUUCGCCAACUCGUUGCAGCAACAGAGUUCCAAAAUUAUAAUGGAUCAAUACUGUCUUCACACGUUGAUGCAACUCGCGCAAAAGUCUCAUCAACCAGGGAUGGCACUCGACUUUUUUGAGAUGAUGCGCGGCCGUGGAAUCGAGCCUGACAAGGUCACUUUCACCAUCCUUAUCAACUCUCUGAGCCGAGGAUUUGCACAGAUUUGGUCACCAUCUUCCAAGUCAAAGUCGGAGUCUCGAGGCCGUAAUCGCAAAUCAGGAGCAGGGGCUGCAGUGGGGUCAGACUGCAGUACUACCCACACAAUGGCCAACAAUCCGCAGGCGGAGUCUGCAGCGGAAGCCAUCGAGUCUCUUUUGGAGGUUGUUCGACAGGACCAGUAUCCGCUGCACCACUCCGAGAUCACGACGGUCAUCUCGGCCUAUUGCCGACUGGGAAGACCAAUCGCAGCGAUCGAGUUUUUCAAGACGAGCUUCUGGAAAGGCAACCCAAAUUUGAGCACAACGAACUGUGGAGCGCUGUUCGUCGGACUUUUGGCCCCCGAGUACAAGAGACGAUAUGAUGGCGUUGUGUUGAACCUGUAUCUGCGUAUGCUUGGCGAGACUAAGGAGAUGAUUCGGUCGGAGGAAACUCGGAAGCGACCUACAAACGAUGGCGCCGAGGUCGAGCCCUCUCCUGCUGAACACAAAGAGCAGCCUCAAGGCAUUACCUGGACAUCCAAGGGCUUCAUUAAGCCGUCCAGGUCUCUGUCGCAAGAACCGAGUGCGACCCGUUUCUCAACACAGAAUCUCCCGCCUUUGGACUUGAUCACCAUCAACAUUUUAUUCCAGUCCUUCUCCAAGCGCAACAAUUGGAGCAUCGUACGUCGACUUUGGGAGGACCUUGAAUCCAUUGGUGCGGAGAAACUGUAUCCGUUUGAGAUGCCGCGCGAGUUCCUGGGUUGGGCUGCCCAAGCAUAUCACUUGGCAGCAGAUCGUGAACCUUCGACUGCGGAUAUUGUUGGCGGUGGAGGCUUGCGCAUGUCUUCGCCAAGAGAGACCCAUGAUCAGAAGGCUGAGAGGUUGCUGAGGCGAUUAUGGAAUGAGCACCAGCGGAUGGGCGUUGAAUGGAGCAAAAAGAUCUAUGGAUACAAUAUCUUUGACGCCGCCGCGAUGUCCAACUCAUUUCCACCACCAUCACCGUCGCCAUCGUCGCCGUCGUCUUUGAGUGCAGAGACGAAUACGACGUCCUCGACGAAAUCAUCAUCACUGCUUUCGUCGUAUCUGUCGGACGAUCCGGAUCAGCGGAGCUAUCGAAUGGGUGUGGAAGAUGCAGAGGAUGCAGAGAAACCCAAAAGUGGGGACGAGAACGAGAACAAGAACAAGGAGGAGCGCUAGACAUUGCUGGGCAUGCUGUCUUGCCUAGACAAACAAAACAUGUAUAAUGAACUUAAAAUAUAGACCCUGACCCAGCAAUUCGGUACAUAGAUAAAGAUGUCUUGAUUACGACGAUGAUAGCACACUUGGGCCAUUUGGAUGCUCUCAUGCGCUGGAGGGGGAGUAGAUGGCAAGCACAUCAUGUAGAAAUAGGACGAGGAAAGCACUCACUCUUGGUCAUUGUCUCUGGAGCAAAGUUGAGCUAAUUAACGCGCAUUUCCGAUGCAAGAGGCUGUGG